AUGGCAGACCAUUCUAAUAUGAAUAAAUUUUAUUCAGAUAACACUUUGCAGUAGAACCAAGCCCCAACCAUCAAGAAAGCAUUCUACGAUAGUGAUUCCGAUGAGGAUGAAGCACAACAAAAGAAAGUAGUAGCUUAAUCUAGAUUUCAAAGAGCAGGUGAAUAACAAUUAUCAAAUAAUAGCAACAUCAUUAAUGAUAAUGAGGAAUUAAAGGAGGCUCCAUCUUCUUCUUAUCAAAUAGGUAAAGAUCCUUCCAGAACUAAUAAUUAGAGCGGUGAGUAAAAGAAUAUAAGUGAGGCAGAUCGAUAAAAGAUGACCUAGCUUGAAAGCACCAUCGCUGAGUACAAAGUUCAACUUUCAAAGGUAGAGCGCAUCCUUAAAGAAGAGGAAGAGAUAACCAAUGACCCAGAAAAAAAGGAAGAGGUAGAAAGACUUCGAGAUUAGCUAAAGGACAGUAUGAUAUUACAGUUGAAUGAGUUAAAGUUCUUGUAGAAUUCUUAAAUCCCUCUUUAGAAAAAGCUUCAUUCAGAUAGAGUUUGUGAAGCCUACUUUUCAUCAGAAAAGACUUGGUAUGCUGCUCUAAUUCUUGACAUCUUUGAGGAUACUUAAGAAGCUGAAAUUGCUUGGAUAGGUUAUAAAAAGUAGGAGAAACUGCACAAAAAAUUCCUAAGUGUAUUGACUCCUCCUAAUCCAAAUGAUCUAUUCGAAACUGCUCAAUGCAAUGCAGUUUUUGCUCAAGAUGGAAUGUGGUAUCCUUGUACAAUAGAAAAAAUUAUUAAUGAUGAGCAAAGCAGCAGUGAUGUAUCACCAGAGUUAAAUGCAAUUCUACAGAAAUACUUGGUUAAAUUCAAGCAUCAAUAAAUCAAAGCAACUGUACCGUUAGACUAUAUUCGUAUAACAAGAGAUCAAAUGGUCUAAAAUGCUUAGAGAAGGGAAAAUAUGCUGAAUGGAGAUAGUGAUGAUUAACCAGUGGGUGACUUUGCUAUUCCAGAGCAUCUUAGAUUAAAGAGAGGAGAUACAGAGAAAAUAAAAAUGCAAAAGAAGAAAAAGGUUAAGGCUUUAAAGUAUACACAUAAGGUUAAGCUACAAGAAGUGGAGUCAAAAUCAAGAUAGAGUACUUGGCUUGAUUUUACAAACAAAGCCCAAAAGUAAAAAGCUGGUCAUUUCGCCUUGACUAAAAAUGCUGAGUCCAUUUUUAAAUCUCCUGAUACUAUAACUGGAAAAGUUGGUGUGGUAGGUAGUGGUAAGUAGAUGACUACAUACGAAGCAUAAAAAAUCAAAUACUCUCAAAAAUUUAAAAAUGAAGACCUUUCCACUCAUGAACAAAGAGAAAUUGAAAGCUUAUAGACUAUUAAGAGAUCUAGAUUUAAUUGA